AGAAAUCACUCAUUAAACAGCCCUGCUUGAUUGAUCGAUAAACCAUCUCCUCCCUACCUCCUCUUGCGACUUCCAGAGCCAAGACCUGAACACGGAGGAGAUGUCUCUGCUCAGCCCUUGGCUCCUAGCUAUCUGGCUCCUGGCCAUGGAACCAUGCUCAGGGUUCACAGCCUCGGCAGAACUGAUGGGAGUAAAAGGGGAGUCGGUCCAGCUGUCCCCAGAGAUCCCGGCCGGAAAGGAGGUUGCCAACAUCAUCUGGAAUACCCAUGUGUCUCUUGCCGUCGUACAGCCGGGCACGGCAGGGAGUCCCCCCAAAGUUCUCGUGACGGACAGUCGUUACCAGGGACGUGUGAGCGUCUCUAACCAGAGCUACAUCCUGCACAUCAGCGACCUGAAGAUGGAGGAUUGUGGACUCUACAAAGCCCAGAUCAAUCUGGUCGGUGCCUCUGCCACCAUCAUUAGGACGUACACCCUGCAGAUCUACGAGCCCCUGUCCAAACCAAAGAUCACCCGAAAAAUCAGCCGCGGUGAGAACGGCACCUGCAAUUUCACCCUGACAUGCUCCGUGGUCGGUGGAGGGGCCAACAUCACGUACAGCUGGUCAUCUCAGGGGCUGGGGGAGGCUCUGUCCACCAACGGCUCCAUCCUCAGAGUCUACCGGAGCCCCGAAGAUGGUCACACAUACUACACCUGCACGGCCACAAACUCCAUCACCAGGAGCUACGAGAUCGUUGACUCUGAUGAACUUCUCUGUCCAGACCCGCUCCAUUCCCCACUGAAGGCUGGGUUGGCCGCCCUGGCCAUUCUGAUGGCCCUGGUCGGGGCUUUCUUGGGGUACCUCCUGUUCUACAAGAAGACCUGGAAAGGUACCAACAAGCCCCAGUGGCCUAAGAAUCCCGAACCCGCUACAGAGGUCAGGGUGUAUGACGAAGUGGGCCCAAACCUGGCUAAGGGUCUCCCGGACAGGGAUGGAAACACGCUGUACUUCCGCAUCAGCAAGCCCGAAAAGCUGCCAUCCAAGCUGGAUCCCGUGAAGGAAAAAGCUGUGAACACGAUUUACUCCACGGUUGAGAGCCCCAAAGGGAAGCCCCCACCCACAGCUGCCAAGACUGAUGCCCUCCCAUCUGUCCUCCCAACCCGGGUGAAAAAUGUCAGUUUCCAGCAGACGGGUGUCGCAGCUCCGGAGAAACCUACUGAUAAAUACGGGCCCACAUCCGGGUCACAUCCGCCCUGCUUCUCUCCCUCAUCAUAUAAUGUUGAAAGGCAGAAGGGAGGGAGGGAGAGAGGAGUCAUGAUCCCCCUGCUUCUAUGGCUACCGGCCCUUCUCCACCUGCAACCAGGUGCCACAGCCCUGCGGGAGCUGAAUGGGACCAUUGGGGGGUCGGUCACCUUCCCCCUGGACAUCCUAGCUGGGUGGCAGGUCGAGAGCAUUGCCUGGACUUCCAAUGGGGCCGUCACCACGGUGAUUCCAGGAAGACCGGGAGACCCUCCUGAAAUCAUCGCCACCCAUCAGCGAUACAGGGGACGACUGAGCGUCUCCACCGACUACUCUCUGAUCAUCAGCCUCCUGAGCCUGGAGGACGUGGGAACCUACAGAGCCGAUAUCAACACUGCCAACAACACCAGCAGCAGCCAGUUCUCCUUGCAUGUCUAUGAGCGGCUGGCAAAGCCCACUGUGACGGUGAAUUCCACAAAGCCUGACAAUGGCAGCUGUACCAUCACCCUGACCUGCUCCGUGGCUAGGAGAAGGAAUGAAUUGACGUUCAGCUGGACGCCCCUGGGGCCGAGGACCACCAUAUCUUCCAACGGCUCUGUCCUCAGCGUUUUCCAGAAGCCCGGGGACCCUCCCCAAGACUACACGUGCACAGCCACAAACCCCAUCAGCAACAGCUCCCGCACCAUCCCUGCUGACCAGAUCCUCUGUCCAGAAGCAGUGAUGGAAUCGAAAUCAAACCACACCACCGUAAUUGUGGUCAUCACAGUCCUGGUUUUAGCAGCUACACUCUUGGUCGGAGUCAUGGUCAAACAGUGGCGGAAAAAGAAAAGGCAAGAGCCUGAGGCCGAGAUCAUGGAGGGGAACACAGUGUAUGCUCAAGUCCAGCACUGCCACCCACAACCGGAACAGCACCAAUCUCUGCAGAAAGCACCCCCACAGAAUCUUGAGACCACGAUUUACUCGACCGUCCAGCCAACCAAGAAGGUGGAGAGCCCCUCCACAACCCUGUUGACCUACGAAAAGAUCGUGUGAACAGCAGCAUGGCCUGCUCUCAUCCCAGUGAACGAGGCCACACCAGGCCAAUGGAGAAACUGUCCGGGCAGCCAGAAAAACAACCGUGGCCUCAGGCGGGAGCAGCCCCCAUGAUUCCUGUUGCCCACGGCUGACUCGGGAACCUCGGGGGUCAAACACCAGGAAGGCAGAAGCAAUAUUCCCUAUUUCCUCAGACUGAGAUCCCUAGGCCACUGUAGCUUCGGAUGACCCCCUCCUUGUGACUCAGAAUCCCCCGUUUCUGAUCAUGUCCCUCUGGAAGGGGCACAGAUGCUCCAGA